CAACUUAUUACAAUAAAUUUACUUACAUAUUGAUAACUGUUUCUUUUUACCGAAUUACUGAUUUAAAUUUUGAAAUUUUUUUGUUAUAAAUAAUUAGUUUUGGUACUUUUUUUUGAUGCACAUCUAUUACGAAUGGCCGAAUACAAUUACAGGGAUGGAAAAAUGACAUGAAAAUAUCACAACUACCAAUCGGAUGUAUUUUAAAAGCCAAAAUACAUUAUUUUAAGUACUGUUGAAUUUAUUGGUAAAAUGAAGUUUUAUUUUUGUUUCUUGAUGACGCUAGCGAUGCUCCUUCGCCAUGGCUCAAAUGUGCGGCAUUACGACAGACAUCAUCUUAAACUUUUAAGGUGUGUCAUAAAGUUCUUUUUUUUAAUUGGUUAGCUUCUAAUUUUAUGUUUCAAUUGCUUGUUAAUUUUUUAUUUUAUUUUUGAAGGUCAGAAGUAAAAGAAAUGUUUGAACAUGCAUAUCACGGCUAUAUGAAAUAUGCUUAUCCUUACGAUGAAUUAAGGCCAUUAACAUGUGAUGGUGUGGAUACUUGGGGCAGGUAAAUAUUAAUAAUUCAAAAUCUUUAAUCUUCAAUAAACUAUCAUUUUGUUUCUAGCUACUCAUUAUCAUUGAUUGACGCCCUAGAUACUCUUGUCGUAAUGGGUCUUCAUGAAGAAUUUAAUAAGGCUGUCGAAUAUAUAAAACAUAAUGUUUCAUUUGAUGCUGAUAUCAAUGUAUCCGUUUUCGAAACAAACAUACGAGUUGUUGGUGGACUGCUUAGUGCUCACAUGUUAUCUCACAGGUAUAUCAAUUUUCAUAUUUUUUAAUACUAUCCAGUAAUUGAACAUAGUCUUAAUCAAAGUAAAAUUGUAAAAAAAAUAGGUAUUGAAAAGUUUUUUUUCAAUUAUUACCUUGUUGUGUUAUUGCCUUCAUAUAGAAAUCAGUAUUUUAAUUAACAAUUUUGGGAGUAUUUUACUUUAUUGUAUCACAAUAUACACAAUUAAAUAUAUUCUACUUAAAUAAAUGUUCACACUUGGUUGAUUUAGUAAUUAUUCUUAUUAUUUUGUUUUAUUUUUUUCAUAGAGCUACUACAGAUUUAGAAAUGGGAUGGCCAUGUAAUGGACCACUAUUACGGAUGGCUGAAGAUGUAGCAAGAAGAUUAUUACCAGCAUUUAAUACCCCUACUGGUAUGCCGUAUGGUACAGUUAAUCUUCGAUCUGGUGUUCCUGACGGCGAAACAACUGUAACUUGUACAGCAGGAGUCGGUACAUUUAUACUAGAAUUCGGAACUCUGUCACGUCUUACUGGUGAUUCUGUAUUUGAACAGGUUUGUUCAAGCAUGUUUUGAUUGUUUAAAUAUAGUUUAGUUGAUUUGUGUAUAUGUUACACUAUCUUAAGUAAGCUGGUUGAAACAUGUAUUGCAGUUUUAAUAAAAAAAAUUGAUGAUAUAUUAACAUGGAAAUGCCUAAUACAAUGGUUUUAAUUAAUAAUUUGAUUUUAUAUCAUCUAUAUAUUAUUUACAUUAAAUAGGUAUGUAACACAAUGUAAAAAAAUUAAAUAUAUACAAUUUUCCUUGGUCUUAAUUAGAUAAAAUUUUACUCUUUUGAUUUUCAUUUGGCCAAUAUGAUUUCAGAAAAAUGUACUCAUUUAACAUUUACCUUAAAAAUACUAAGUAAUCUCUUGUUUAAAUUGUGCUCAUGAAUGUGUGACAACUUUUGUAUACAUACUAUUUGGCCUACAUAAUUAUUAUUUAUAUUUUAUAUUCACAUAUACAUAUCAUGUUAUUUUUGUACAAAUUGUGUAUAAAAUUAAAUUAAAAAAAAUAUUUAUAUUGAGUUGGUUCUAGGUAUUUAAAUAUAUUUUAUUUAUACAGGUAAUUAAUAAAAUAAUAAUCCAUCAUAUCUAUUCUUAAAUGCAAUAAUAAUUUUGACUUUAUCAAAGAAUUUAAUAAUUUUACCAAGAAUUUUUAGACUACUAAUUAGUUCCACUAAUAGCACUAUAAAAUAGUGGACAUCAUUUAUAUGACUCACCUUGGGGCCAGAAGAAAGUGAUUGUUAUAAAGUUAUAAAUAAAUAAACCUUAUAGGUGAAUUGGGAAAAAUAAAGAUUGUAUUUGGAUAUGUUCCAAGUGAUUCUGAGCCUUAUAAGGGAUUGAAUCUAAUAUCUUAUAGGUCCAUUGUGUUAUUAUUUUUAUUAUAAUAUUACUAUCAUUGGGUUUGGGUUUAUCAAUAUUGAUAAUUAUCCUGAGCUUUCAAAACUUACUAAUCUUAGUUUAUUGUCCAAGGUAAAAAUACAAUUUUACUAUCCAUCAAAAUAGCAUACAUUUAAAUAGUUGAUUAUAAUAUUAUUUUUUUUACUUUAAUAAUAUAUACAAGUAUAUUAAUUUAAAAUUUGAAUCUAUGUAGUGUAGCAUAUGUUUUUGAUCAUUCAUAGUUAUUUUGAUUUAAUAUUUAAAUAUUUUCAUUAGAAAUAUUUGUAUUUUUAAUUAAUAAGUCCUUCGUGUGUCUAUUAAUAAUUUAGACUCAUAAAAUAUGUAUAGAGGCAAUCAUCAAUAUAAUAAAAUUAUUGUUUACAUUGUAACUUGUAAAUUAUAUUUUAUUAUUUUAUAGGUAGCUUUAAAAGCUCUCCAUUCAUUGUUCAACCAUAGAUCUAAAAUAGGAUUAAUGGGUAACCAUUUGGAUGUGGCCUCCGGGCAAUGGAUUGCACAUGACUCAGGCAUUGGUGGUGGGAUUGAUUCUUAUUUUGAGUACUUGGUUAAAGGUUCCCUGUUGUUCAACUUGCCUCAUCUGAGAAGCAUGUUCGACGAGUUAAGAAAGCCUAUUGAUAAGUACUCAGCAACUUCCACUGGGUGGUAUUUUUGGGUGAAUAUGCAAAAGGGCCAAGUUACAAUGCCCAUAUAUCAGUCAUUAGAAUCAUAUUGGCCUGGGCUUUUAAGUUUAAUUGGUAACUAUAUGCCUUGAUAUUAAUAAUUAAUUUUGUUUUUUUUUUUUUAAAAAAAACAGUCCCUAAAAAUUAUAUUAUUAUUAUUAUUAUUGAAUUUCUAAUAUAAUAAGUUAUUAUUAGUAAAGUAUUAACAGUUUGGUGAAACUAUUUGUAAUAAAUUUAAAUUUAUUUAUUUUGCUUUUAUUAGGUGAUAUAGAUAAUGCCAUGAAAUCAAUGUCAAAUUAUCAUAAUGUACUUAAAAUAUAUGGAUUCAUACCUGAAGUGUACAACAUAGUCAAUCAAGAGGCUGCAAGAGAUUCAUUUCCAUUACGCCCUGAAUUGGUUGAGUCAGCCAUGUAUUUAUAUAAGGCUACUAAUGGAGAUCCAUAUAUUUUAGAUAUAGGUAGUGAUAUUUUGAGGUCCAUCCAACACAGUAGCCGUACUAGAUGUGGAUAUGCAACGGUAACAUUUUUUAAGUUUCAAAUUUAAUAUUUUCAUGCAAAUUUGUUAACAAAACCAUUAUUAUAAACAAUAUAUCACUUUUGCCUAUGUCUAUGUAUAAGUAGGGUUCAUAUUUUAUAGUAUUUGCUAAUUAUUAUAAGAUACAGACAAAAAUAGCAGAGUGAAUUUAAAUUUUGUUUUAUGCACCAUGGACCCCAAAUAUACAAUUUUUCGCAUAUUUUAAGUAUUUUAAAAUUUUUAGUGUUUUGUUUCGAUUUUUACUGUUAAUUUUGCUAAAAUGCAUAAUAUAAUGAUUUAUUUUGUACUUUUCAUAAAUAAUGGAAAAUAAUCUGUUAUUUAUUUAAAAAAAAUAUUAGAUAUUUUACGAAAUCUAAUUUUUAAGUUCGAAUCAAACCAAAUUUUUCUUAAAAUUAACAAACCCAAACUUAACUGAACCUACUCAUUUUAUUCAAACUUCAAACUGAAUCUCCACAUUUUUAUUGGAAUCCGAACCUAACUAUACUUUUAAUAUAUUUCGUCAAAUUCGAACAUUAAAAAAGCUGUCUUAGGAUAAUGGAGAAGGGUGCAGUCACUGUUAUAGGUAAUUUAAUGUAUAUCUGUAAGUAACAAUUAACCAUUGUUAAUGAAACAUGAUUCUGAGUAAAGUUCAGUUGAUAGUUUUGCUUUGUCAACAAUAUAUAUGUUAUAUUAUGGUAAAAUAAAUAGGUAUUACAUAUUUUCUUUAAUAAUAUUUGUUGUACUAAUUUUUUAGUUUUUCACAUUUGCUGGGAAAAUUGAAAAAUGACCUCCCUAAAUUACCUUCCUGGUCAGAUUUCAUUUUAGAAAAAGUACUAUCAUUGUAAUUCUGAGCAAAUUGAUAGUAAAAAUGUUGUUCACAAGGAAAAAAGAGUCUGUAAUAUUUUUUAACUAAUCUAAUUUUGAUGAAAUUUUAACUUUUGUUCAACUUUACUUGAAAAUCGAAAUGUUGUCUCUAAUAUUGUGAAAUACCUGUUUGUAGACAGAUAAGAUAUGUUGCCAUUUAAAAAAAAGUAGGCAUGUGCAUACCAAAAUUGUUAAAUAUUUGAAUUUUUUCUAAAAAUAUGUAUUUUGAUAUGCCCUAUCAUUCCCCAAAAACCCUAUUUUAAUACUAUGUCAUUCAACUGAAAAAUUUAGUGGUACUUCUUAGUGUGAAUGCAUUUAUAUAAUAUAUAGUCUUUUAACAAAGUUGGAUAUUAGUGGUACUAUAGUAUGAAUUAAUACUUUUAGUCAAUCAGUAAGAUUUGUUUGAAUUCAUUGUUAGAUCAAGAGUUGCAAAAAACACACACUUCAAAAUAGGAUGGAGUCGUUUUUUCUUGCCGAAACGACUAAGUAUUUGUACUUACUUUUCGAUCCUGAUAACUUUAUACACAAUGAUGGUCGUCAAGGUAAAAUUUGGCACACAGCUGGUGGUCGAGAGUGUGUAAUUGAUGGUGGCGGGUACAUCUUCAAUACAGGUAAAAGAAAAAUAUAUUAACUAAUAAUAAAUUAUAUUAUUUACAUAUAACCUAAGUUAUACAUAUUUACAAUGAUUUAUGAUUGCUUUCAAUAUAUUAUAAAGAGCUGGUACUGUUGAUUGGUGUGCCACUAUUGUAAUAGGGAUAAGUUAGGAAUGUUAGUUAGGAAUAUUUGUUUACACAAUGAUAAAUCAUUGUUAAGGAAAUACAAUUUUAAGCAAAGUUUGGGUAAACAUUUAAAAUUUCAUGAUUUUUUAUGAUUUCCAUUACACUAAACUGUCUAAUCUUCCUUGGAUUAUACAUUUUUAUAUUGUGAUAAUGACAAAUAUCUUAUAUCAACCAAAUGUUUAAUUUUUAUUGUACCAGUUAAUACUGAAUAGUGUAAUAGUGCAGUACCUACCUAUUUUAUUCAUUUUAGAUUCUGAGUGUAGCUAAAAAUGUUUUGGUUUUUCAUAGAUGUUUAUAUUUUUAAAACUUUUUUAUGUGAACACUGUCUAUCAGAAAGCAUAUUCUGAUUAUCAAGUAUAGCAUCUUUUCUGGAAAGAAAUAUUCUCUAGGUGGUACUUUAAAGAGGUAAUUUUUUGAAAUUUUCUUUAAUAUUCGAAAUAAUGAGGAAACUUGGUUCUUUUUAGGUCAAAAAAUAUUAAUAGAUUGAAAAGGAUAAUAGAAACUGGAGCAGUCACUGUUAUAGGUUAUUUAAUGUAGACCUGUGAGCAACGAUAAACCAUUGCUUAUAAUAGAACGAUUCUGAGCAGAGUUCAGUCAAUAGUGAUGCUUUGUCAACAAUAUAUAUGCCAUAUUAUAGUAAAAUAAUUAAAUGGGCUCUAUAUAUUUUCUCUAAUAAUAUUUGUUUAAUUUUGUACUGAUUUCCCUGGUGUUCCCACAUUUUUCCUGGUUUUACAAUGUUUUUUCCCAGUUUUUUAUAUUUUCUUCAAUAAAAUUCUCUGCAUUACAAAAUCUUAAUACAAAACAUGAGUACCUAUAUUUGCUUCAUAAUUUUGAAUGAAUUUCAUCAACUGACAUAUCACUGGCUUUAGUGACAUUUUUAGUGACAAAAUUACAAUGGUGUAAAUUAUUUGGAGAGCCAGUGGCGCAAUUAGAAAUUAACUUGGGGAGAGGUGUUUAAGUCUUAGAGGUGAUUGAAGGAGCUCUACCCUGUAUUGAGGGGUUUCAGACAAUUUAGGGGCUAAUUCUUCCCUAAUUAAGCCACUAAGACUGAACAACUUUAUUAAAUAACAUGAACAUAAAACUAUUUUAGAAAACUGAAGUAUAAGCUCCAAAAAUUAAAAUUAUUUUAUGUAAAUUGUUGAUAUUUCAAUAAUAAUUAAUUGUAUGACUAAUUGAAAAUUGGUUGGUUGUCUAGGUUUGAAAGAUCCACUAAGACAACACAUGGGAUCAUAAAAUGAGGAUUCCCAUACCCUGCAUUAUUCAUUUUUUUUCUGGUCACUAAAAAUAAGCUUAUUUCUAAAUUUGGGCAACAAAAAAUUGUUAUUACCGGAAUCCUGUAAUAUUUAAUAUUAUAGAAUUAUUAACUUGUUGGCACAUUUGUUAAUAAUGUUUUCAUUGUGUAUGCUUAUUAUUAUUAAUUAGUGUUCUUUAUCUUUAUUAUUCAGUGUUGAGGGUUUAAAACUUAUCAUGUUAUAAGAAUAGACAUUUUUGUCCAUCACCAAAUUAUAACACAGAUGUGGGCCAAUCAGCAGACUCACCUAGUCCACCACUGUGAGAUAUUAUAUUCUAUUUUUGUUAGUGGUUAAUUACAAACAAAAUAAUUAAAUUUAAAAUACUUAUUGCUGACAAAAAUGAAUGGUAAAAUGAAUGAAUGAAUCUUUUCAUUGUUGAACACUAAUUUUAAAAAGUGUUGACUUUUUUCAACUUAUUUGCUAUUUCACUUUUAAGUUCGGAUUAGUAGAGAGUAGCAUUAUUAAAUCGCCUUACAGAAAUUAUGUUUCACUACUCUCCCCCUACACAAACUUAAAAGUGUAAUAUAUCAUCAAACUAACGAAAAUAUAAAUAUUAUAUCUAUUUGUAUAAUUUUUAAUACAAGUUAUCAUUUGAAAAUCAUAAGUAAGUAGUCAUUUCACCUAUAGAAAUAGGCAUGACAAAAAACAAUAGAAAUGUAAAUUUGAAAGCUACUUUUUUCUUAAAAUUUCAAAAAAAUUUUUCUUAAUAAUGAGGGUUAAACAAUAAAACAUAUUUACGAGUUUAAAUUUAUAAUAAUCACAAUAAUAAUUUGGCAUCUAACAAAUAUGAUUUUAUACUGUGAAUUUGUUUUCUCGUUAAUAGUAGUAUAGAUAUAUUCUGGUCCAGAUUUUUAAAAUGUAAUUUAUGUACCAUCAGAAAAUAUUUAACAGAAAUUAUAGUUAGAUUAUUAUUCCUUGAUUUCCAUUCACAUUCUUUUCUUUUCUGUUCUUUGUUCACAUACUUUAAUUAAAUAAUAUUUAAAAAACUAUUAAAACAUUAUAAACAUUGCAAUAAUUAUCUUUAAAAAUAAAUAUUAUUAUUGUAUAAAUAUAAUAUAUUACACACUCAACAGAUAUCAUUAUUUUUUAUUAUUUGUUUUUAUUAAAUUAUUAAUUUUAAUUAUGCACUCUUUUACACCUUUCACUCUUUUAUUUUCAUUUUCAUAUAUUUUAAAUGAAUAUAAUUUAGAUUUUAAUCCAAUAAAUUCAGUCAUUAUUUUGCCUUUACGUUCAUCUUUGAAUUUACAAAGAACUUUUUUAUUUAUUAAGGGUAUUCCAUAUUUAUUAUUCUGAGAAUAAUCUAAAAAAUCAAAUUCAAUUAGAAGUUGUUCAUUGUUUUUUACAUCUGUAUUAAAGUCAUUAGUUAGUAGUAAUUUCUACUAUUAAAGAGUCUGUGUCUGUAUAUAAUAAUCUAAUAUUUUUUCCAUGUAUUUUUUUAAACAUAUUAUAGUAAAAAUUAUACAUUUGAAUUUAAGAUAAAUCUAAAAUAGGCAUUCCUAAAUAAAUUUUUUGAUCUAAUUUAAUUAAAUUAAAAUCUUUUUCAUAUGUUCAGCUACCAGGGUUUCUGAAAAAAAUUUUCUAGCAAAAUUUGGUUUAGCAACCUAUUUUUUAAAUUUCUUCUCUUCAGUAAUUAAUUUUAUAUCUUUAUGUUUUCUUGUAUUCAUCAUAGUUCUACCUAAUACACUGUUAUUCAUUAACUUAUAAUAUUCUUUUUCAAAAUCAUUUUUUGAAUUUUUUCCAAACUGUAUUUUAAAAUCAAUAUAUGAUUUCAACCAAGGAUAUUGAUUAAAUUGUAUUAAUAUAAUGGAGAAAAUAUUUUUUCUUAUCAUAUAGAGUUGUUGUUAACUUAGGUAAUUUUUCAUUAUAAACAUUCUCUGGCGGUAAGGGAAAAUCUGAAUGAAGAUCAUAAAGUUCUUUAGAUUAAUUUAAAUCUACUUCAAAAUCAUAACCUAUAUCCAGAUUAUGUGUCAUUUUUAAAAUUUUCUCUGGAUUAUAACUGUUAGGAUUUCCUCAUUUAUGUCUUUUAUAAGGUAAAUAUUUAACCAUUGGGUCUCCAUAAAGAUUAUUUGUAUCCAAAUUUAAUAUAUAUUUACUUAUAAAAUUUUUAUUAUAUUUUUUUCCAGUGUAUUUAUUAUUUGCCUUAGAUAAAUGCCUAACACUACAUUGUGACAUAUCACUUAAAGAUUUUUUACAUAUAUGACAGUAUUUUUGUUUCUGAUAUUCAUUUUCUUGUUUUUUAGUUACUAUCAUAGGUUUCUCUACAUCUAAAUAAUAUUUUUUUGCUAUGUUUAAACCUUCUUUUAUUAUUUUCUUACAAACAUUUUUUACAGCAUCUUCACCAAAAUAUUCAACUACAUCACUUUUUUCAUUCCUAUUAAUAUUUUUAAUAAUAUAACAAUAACUAAUAGAAUAGGUGAAUUUUUUUGAUAUUUAAUAGUACGAAAAAAAACAUCAGGUUGAAUACAAAUUUUAGAGAACAUACUUUCAAAAUCUACAUAAAUAGAAAAAGGGAUUCUAUCCUUUUUAUAUGUUUUUUCAAAUUGAACAAUAGGAAUCAUAUUAUAUGUUUCUUUUGGCAUUAUUACUCUAGCACAUCUAUUAUUUCUACAAUAUUAUUUAUGGGUUUUUAGACUUUCUCACUAUAACAGUGAGACAAACACAUAUUACAGUAAUAUAGUUUACCCUUAUUUUUUGUUAUGAAUCUAGCAAUCUGGAUACAUUUUUAUCCAACAAUAAUGAUCAGUAAUUUCAUCAUCUUAAGUUUUAAGAUAAAAUAAGUUAAUAUGUUUUUCUCUUUUAAGUGUAAAUGUUUUAGAGGUACUAUAAAGUUAACUUCAUAAGUAUACAUGUUAAUAGACCUAUUUGUUCUUUUUUGAAACUUUUUAAUAUCAGUAAAUUUAACAGGGAAUUCAAUUCCUUUCAGCUUUUUUUCCAAAUCAUUCAUCCAUUUUGUAAAUUGAGUAGUUUUAUUUUUAGUAAUUCUUUCUGGAUGUUCCAUAGGAUGUAAAGCAAUAAAUAAAGAUUGCCCAAAGAAAAUAUUUGUUGUCUUCAUUUUGAAUGUUAAUAAUAGCUUUUUUGUUUUUUUAUUCAAUCUGGUAGAUAAAUGAAUGAACCUCCUCUAAGAGGAAUAUAUUUAUUUAUAUUUAUAUUCAUAACUAGAAUUUUAUUUUAUUUCCAUCUAGAUCCCUUAGCUAUAAAUGCAUCUUCUCAUCUAGGAAUUGUUUCCUUUACAUCAUCAUACAAAUUAACAAUAUCAGUAGAAUGUAAGAUGGUUCUAUAUUUUGUUCUAAAAUAUGUUAUUAUUUUUAUUUAUUUUUUUUAUAACUUUUAUACAUUCAUAUUUGACUACAGUUUCUACUUUUAAAUUAUAAAACAUAUUUAAAUAUUGUAAAAUUUUUCCAUGAACUGUUUUCUGUUAAAAAUUUAAUAAUAUCACUAAAUUGUUGUGUAUUUUUAAAAAAAAUAUGUUAUCAUACUAUUUUUAAAAGCUUUUUUUCUUUUUUAUAACAACAUUUCUUUCUCUUGUUUUUGCAGUCACUUCAUUGUCUAAUUUUGCGAAUACUUUGUGUUGGGAAAUUCUGUCUUCAUAAUAUAUUCUACUAAGAUUAAUUACUCUAGUUGGCCUUUUCUCAAUAAUAUCAAAUAUCAAUAAUAUAAACAUGUUCUCCAUUUAUUAUAGAUAAGUAAAAAAAAACAUUCUUUUUUAAUAUAAUAAGAAAUAUGAAUAGUUUUUUCAAUAAUAAAGAAAAGUAUGUAGAUUUUCAUCCUUGGGAUUAAAACUUAUCUUUUGAUUUUACAAAACAAUUAUUUUAUUUUAUUUUAAAAAUCCAAAACUUUAUAUUAAUUCUACUUUUGAAAUUUUAGGUGUUUUUAUCUAUGAAAAUAUUGCUAGAAAGAUAGUACCAGAAAGAUAUCAAAAGCUUUAUUUAUUAAAAAUAACAAAUAUUAAUGCCCACUUAACUGUACUAGAUAAGCAGAUUAAUAAAAUUUGUGAGGAAUGGUCUGUUGAUACUUCUAAACAAUAUCUAGAAAUUAUUAUAACCUAAGAAUACAUUUUUUAAUCAGAAACUUGAUUAAAAAUGAUACCUACUAAUUUUGAUAUAUUUUUUAUAAUUUUUAAUAAAAUCUAAACACUAAUAUCCGCAAAUAGGUGGAUCUUUGUAGUUUUGAAAUUGUCUUGAUGUAAUUUUAAGAUUAUUUUAUCCUAAAUCUUUAACUAAUUCUUUUGGUGCAUUACCGUAAGAAUCAAAAUACAUUUUUAAGUUGUCAUGUUUUAUCCAUGCAACCCAAAGAUCCUUCUUGAUCAAAAUUAUUUAAAUUUAACAUUUCAUAUUCAUUUGUUAAAGUUUCUGUAGGUUUUCUACUGUCUAUUCAUCUCUCAUAAAUUACCCUUGAACAUUUUAAAUUUUUUACCAAUUUUUAUGAUAUCAAAAUUAGUUAAUGGACUGAUUUUCUUUUUUUUUAAACUGGAGUACUAUGAUAAUUUUUCUUCUUUUUAUUAUUUCUUUGUUGUUCUUUUUUUGCUGCUCUCUUAUGUUUUCCAUCUAUAAUAGUAUUUGCAAUCUCACUAACUUAUUUCCCCCCUCCUGCUAAUGCACUUGCAGCUCCUAUUCCAGCAAAAAAAAGUGGAAGAAAUCUACCUUGUUUAAUUUGUUCAAAUUUCAAUUCUAACCUAAUCCUCUAUUUUAUUUCUUUGAUUUAUUUUAUUUAUUUAUUUGUGUUUCGGUUAAGUUAAACUUUUGUUUUCUUGUUCCAAUUUGAUUGUUUGCAAGUUGAAUUAUUAUACCUAUUUUUUUUAUUAUGUGCAGAUUUAAUUUUUGUCACCUGUGCAUCGUUUAAAUUAAGAUUCAUUUAUUAUAUAAAAUAUUUUAAUUUUUAAUUUUUAAACAAGACACAUUCCUAAUUUUCUUUUUACUUUUAUUAUAUUAGUGGUUAUAAAAGCUGCUGUUUUUUCACCUAAAAAUGUAUCUGGAUUUUCAUGUAUAUUUUUUGCAAUAUUUUCUAAAAUUAAAUUAGCAUUAUGUUUAAAUUUAGUAUCUUUAUGUUUUUCAUGGUAAAAAUCAUGCUCCAUUGCAGCCUCAUCUAGUUUAUUUAUUGGUUUCUUAGAUUUUGUAGUUAUAACCAGGCCAAUCAAUUUCAGGCAUAAAUUUACUAUUCAAGAAAUUAUUAACAAGUUUAGAUCCACUAAUCACUUUCUUUGGUAAACUUGCAAUAAAAGAAAUUAGAUAUUCUAUACCGUAAGUUGUAUCAACUAAUUUUUCGAUUUAUUUAAUUAUAAUAUUUAUUAUACUUAAUUCUUCUUUUGUGAAAAUUAUUAUUAAUAAAAUAUAAUCUUUUUAACAAUUCGUUUAAGUUAUCAAUUUAUUUAUGUUGUAUUGGGUUUUCUGUAUAAUUUAUUAAAUCAGAUCCUUCACGUACAGUUAGUAAUUUUUUAUUUUCACUGAUUUUUUCCAAAUAGGAGUAAUCAGUUUUGUGUAUAUUUCUUCUUUAUUUGAUUUUACUAUUUUUGUGUUUUUAUCAUUGUUCUGAUAAUAAUGAUUGUGUUUCAAUUAAUAUUUUUCCAGAAUUCUUAAUAUCAUCAUUAGAAUAUAAUUUUUUACAUGUUAAUAAUUUCCAUAGUCCUUAUAUUCCUGUAUAAGAUUGUUCAUUUAAAAUAAUAUUGUUAUAUUUAAUAUAAAUCUCAUUUUUACCUAUCAUAUGCAUCUAAGACUGAUGCGUAAAAUAUUAUAAUAAUAUUUAUUUUUAAGGAAAACUGUUUCUAGAGCAAUGUUUAUGUGAAAAUAGUUUUUUAAAUAUGAUUUUUAAUUAAAUAUUUUCUGAUAUUAGGUACCUAAAUUACAUUUUAAAAAUCUGACACAUAACCCGUAUAUAUAUACUAUUAUUAAUUAUCUGUACAAUAUAGAGGCCCAUCCAAUUGAUCCUGGAGUAUUGUAUUGUUGCUACACACCUAGCAACAGCGAUUGGUCUCAUGUUCAACGUCCGAAGUAUCAACAUUUUGUCAAGUCAUCGAUAGCAGCUGAUCGCAAAAGACAAUUAUCCAAUCGACGUAAGUUAAGAUGAUAUAAUUAUAAGUCACAUAAAUUUGCAUAAAUGACACAUUGGUUGGUAUAUAACAAAGUCUAUUGAAUUUACAAAAAAUGUUAUUUUUAUAAGUAUUUUGUUUUUUUUUUUUUGGUCAUGAACUAAUAUUUUCGAAUUUUGUAAUAAUUCAAUUGUUUCAAGUUCUAUUUGGCCCACUAAAAUAUCAUUUUUUUAAAAUUAAUUUAUGUGGUCGAUUUAGGAAAAUGUAUGUAGCAUUCUAAUCAAGUGCUUUCAUUCAUCUAUAGUUCACCAUUCACUUUGAGAGUGAACAAUUUUCUAGAGCUCUCCAAAAUCAUUUAAACCUACCAUCUGUUGUCCACUUAAAAACAGUAGUUUCAUAUCCUAAGAGUUUAUACUAAUAUUUUAAAUGAGGUUUUUAUCGAGACAAAUGUUUAAAGUAUAAAAUAUAAUAUUAAUAUACAUAGGUAUUUAUUUUCAUUAUAAUAUUUGAAAAUAUUUUUAUUAAAAUUAAAACAAGAAUUUAAAAUUGAAAACUUAUCUAGUGUGAAGGAUGACUCAGAUGAACUUUAGUAAGUUUAUUAAUAUCUGGCUCGAAUUUAAUUUUAAAAAAAGGCAUAAGUCGCCACGUUGGUAACAAGCAGCCGAAUUUUCGUUUUAGUAUAUUUAAUAGAGAAUGCUUUUAGAGAUUUUUGAACAAUUAAUCCUACAACACUAAAACCAUAUUCAGACAAAUACGAUGAUGGGAAUGCUAUUAAAAAUCGUUGAACAGUCAACCAUAAUCCAGGGUAUAGUUGUGAGAUUGAAUUUUGCAGCCGAAAUUCUUGAUAGCUAUUCUUGAAUUUGAUUUCAAUUUACUUGUUAGUUGUCAACUCAGUUCUUUUAAUGCGAUUUUGCUGUGUUUACAUUUUAAAAACAAUCCAAUAUCCAGUAUAGUAUGUUAAUAUUUAAAAUGUCCUUGUUUCGUUUUUUAAAAUCAUUAUGGAGGUUCUCCAAAUGUUAUCAAUAAACAAGAGAGCUUUGUUAAAGGAUGCUGCUAUUAAAUUAGGAAAGUUAUUAAAUUCACAUCUGCCAAUAUUUUUCUUGUAUAAUAGCAAUUUGGCUACGAAUGCAGAAACAAUAUGUUUUGUUUUAAUCGUGUUUAAGUCAUCGCCUUAAAUCUAGAGGUUGACAUCAAUAAAUAAUUUUUAUAGAUCUGUCAAAUAUACAGUAUUAUUUUCUUUGAUGUGAUUCGGUUUUCGCGUAAUCCUGUAUCUUUGUUUUCCAGAAAUUCUAUUAUAAAGUUAAACAGAUUGUAAAAUUACGUCAAAAAAUUUCCUUUUGACAGUCAGCACACUUUUGUGUAAAGCAGAAAUAGGUUUAAAUUUUUAUUAUUAGAAAUGUAUAGCUAAUUAAAUAAUCUGUCAUUUAGUGAGUUGCUUCUGAUUUUAUUAACUUCUCUGAUUUCACUCAGAUAUCUGGCAAUUAAAUGUUGAUGAUGCAAUACACAGGAAGUACGAAUCGAGAACUUUAUUUUUUAAGUAUGCUAUAAAGUUUUUGUGACGCCUUGUCAUAGCUGGAACGUCAUACAAUUUUUUUAAAUAAUUUUGUUUUCAUUACAAAACUUUUCCAGCAUAUUAAAUAUAGUUUCUUUUUUUGUAUCUAUAUGUCGUAUCCACUUAGUGUAAUCGUAUUUUUCAUGAAAUGGAUGUUCAUUUCAUGAACUACGAUCAUAACGUGUAAGUCAAAUUUUAGUUCAUGAAAAUUGGUAUUCUUCAAUAAAACUGAAGAGAAGAUUUCUAGUCAAACCGCUUGUUAACAAUGCUCACACGAGUCGUCUGUCAGGAUUAUUAUGUCAGCAAUAAAAGAAAGUAAAGCAUUGUCGUAUUCGAUAGAAAAUAUUGUACAUUAGAUUUAUUCUUUGUCACUUGAAAUUACAUUAAGGUAGCAAUGUACAUGGUUAAAAAAUCAAUAUGACGAACGAGAGUUCUACCGAGUUAGCUCGUCGAACGAUAACUACUGGACUGGAUCUUGAGCGUUUGGUGGAAGGAGAAUCCAGUACGGUGAAGAUCAAUGCGACCACCCUUGAAAUAUUAAGAGGACGGCAUUGUUCGACCUUUAAGUCAGCUAGCACUACCUAGAUCACUUCAACGCACUCAAAAUAUCUUUGGGUCUUAUACCGUCCCUUUGAAGGCUACCAACAAGCUUAAGGGGGCGCUAUCGCCCACUUUGAGAAAGACUGGUCUAGUUUCUCCUCUCAAAUAUCCAGUGUGUCUUGCAAUUCUACCCUAUAACGAUUCCCGUAUAUGUUUUUACUAUAUACCUACAUAAUGUUUUUGUUUUGUUUUCUCUUAAAGGCACUACCUCAUCAGUGAAAGCGGUAAAGAACUUCCAUUCGAUGAGUGGUCACCGAUUCAUCAUGGAUGAGACCACCAUGUACUGGACGCAACAGUCUGCGACCGAUGACCAGCGGCCGCAAUUUAAAAACGACCAUCGAAAACCGUCGACAACCAACGGACCGUCGACGUUCCAACCGGCGUUGUCUUUACCACCGAUACCACCACCGCUAUCGUUAUCGCUUUCGCCACCACCUCCGUCGUUAUCACUUUCACUACCACCUCCGUCGUUGUCGCUUCCGCUACCACCUCCGUCGUUGUCACUUCCGCCACCACCUCCGUCGUUGUCACCACCACCGCUGUUGUCUUCGCCAUCACCACCGUCGCCAUUAUUGCCGCAGUCACCGCCGUUGUCGUCAUUGUCACAGUCACCGCCGUUGCAGUCAUUGCCCCAGCCGCCGCCGUUGCAGUCAUUGCCCCAGCCGCCGCCGUUGCAUUCAUUGCCCCAGCCGCCGCCGUUGCAGUCAUUGCCCCAGCCGCCGCCGUUGCAGUCAUUGCCGCUGUUGUCGAUUUAUCAAAUAGACGAUCAACACGACCAGAGGCCGGAUGACUGUGAAAAGCAACAGUUCGUUCCGACUCGGCUGAACACUGCGGGCGAGGCCAUGCCGGUUUCUGGUGCUGUCGACCCUGACCAUGAUCUCGGGCAACAAAAAGGACAAGCCUACAAGGACGAUGAUGGUGACUCGAUGGAACGUCUUUCGGCAACUGAUAGGAGCACACGACAUGACAACGAUUUCGAUAGAUGGCCGACGAAAAUUCGUUUCCGAGAGACCAACACAGACAACGACGAAAACGACAUUUGGGGAACCAGUGCACGUCGGCGGACGGAAGACGGCGAUGAUGAAGACCAGGACAACGAAGACAGUGAAGCCGCCAUCGACGAUCAAAAUGAUGGUGUCGAAUACGACAGUGGUUAUAACCUACUUACAUGUCGCUCAACUAAUAAUUUCUAUAUAAAUAUUCAUUGGUGACAUUGUAUAAAUAUCACCGAUUAAGUUGUUAUAAUUUCUCACCGGCACACUAAUAUUAAUAAUAUAAUUGGGUCUUGUAUAAAAAUAUAUUAUUUAUUUAUUUGUUAUUAUUACCAAAUCAUAUUAUUAUUAAUUAAAAUGUAUAGUUAA